AUGCCGAGCAGUCAUAACCCCUUUACUCAGGCUCAACCGGGAAAUGGCGCAUCUGUCGAUCAGCCGCCCCCUGCCUACUCGGUUUCUGCUCCGGCUCCACCAGCCACCAGCUUCCUGGGGCCCAACGGCGGUCCGGUUAGAAGCCCCUCGCCUGCCCCCUCCAAUGCUGGCUCCAUCAGCUCUGUCUCUGGCAUGAGUGUUUCGACCCCCGAAGACCCCUAUGCCUUCCUGUCCUCCUUCGAUACCAUCUUCGUUGUUGACGAUUCCGGCUCUAUGUCUGGCCGAUCUUGGCCCGAGGUUCAGGGUGUUCUGCGCGCCGUCACCCCCGUCUGCACCGCUCACGAUGCUGAUGGCAUUGACCUUUACUUCCUAAACCACAAGACGACUGCCAGCGGUAGUGCCAGGGAAGGCAAAGCCGCUGGUGGAUACUACGGCAUCAAGCGUGCCGACACGGUCGAGGGCAUCUUCACAUCAGUCCGUCCCCGUGGCGCUACCCCUACCGGCCAGCGUCUUCACAGCAUUCUCAAGCCAUAUCUGCAACUGUUGGACUCCAAGAAGCACGACGUUGAGAGCGUAAAGCCCAUCAACAUCAUCGUCAUCACUGAUGGCGCUCCCUCCGACGAUGUCGAGUCUACUAUCAUCACUGCCGCCAAAAAGCUCGACAAACUUGAUGCCCCUCUUCACCAGAUCGGCAUACAAUUCUUCCAAGUCGGCAACGAGCCCGGCGCCCGGGAGGCCUUGCGCGAGCUUGAUGACGAUCUUUUUGACAGAGUUGACGGCGAUCUUCGCGACAUGGUCGACACUGCCACUUGGGAGAAUGGUACCAGGGGUGUUCUGACGGCAGACAGCAUCCUGAAGGUGGUUUUGGGUGCGGUAGUGAGACGGCUUGAUCGUCGCAGGACUAGUGGAGAGGUCCAUCGCUGA